GUUGCUGGACCAUUAUAGCCACAUUGAGGUCAAAUUUUUCAAAUGCUAAAAGAAAAUGUCUAGUUUUUCAAGAUCAGCCCAGCAAUGGGCAACCUUUGCCAGAUCGUGGUUUCUGAUUGAUGCUCGGAUGCAGCCUCCAGGAAAGAUCGCCUCUAUGUGUGCAGUGCGGCUUCAGGGCAAACAUAAACCCAUUUACCAUCCACUGAGUGAUAUUGGAGAUCAUGUGGUGGUUAUGAACACCAAACACAUCGCCUUCUCUGGAAAUAAAUGGGAGCAGAAAGUGUAUUCGUCUCACACUGGCCACCCUGGAUCAUUCAAACAAGUCACCGCAGCCCAAUUACACAGAAAGGAUUCAACAGCUAUCAUUAAACUAGCUGUUUACGGGAUGCUUCCCAGAAACCUCACCAGAAGGACCAUGAUGCAACGGCUUCACCUCUUCCCAGAUGAUAUCCUUCCUGAGGAUAUUUUGAAGAACCUCACCGAGGAGCUUCCUCAGCCCAGAGAGAUUCCUCGUAAACUCAGUGAAUACACACAGGAGGAGCGGGACGCUUUCCCCAGGCUCUGGACUCCGCCUGAAGACUACAGGAUGAAAUGACCAUCGCCAUGCUGCCAGGCCUGGAGUUCAAGAACACAUGUAGAUGCUUUUAUAUAUCGUUAAUGUGAAAUAAAUUAUCUCUCAAAUUCUAAACAAAA